GUCCGUGACGCCGAGUGGAAGUCACGUUCCUAUGACUGAGUGCAUUUUCGGAUCUUCGGCGAUGGAGUCCACUGCACCACAAGCUCUUGCUCUGCGUAAGUGAUUGGCAUGGGGAAGAGUGCCGGGUCGACGCUGCCCGUCCUCCACUGUCGAGCCUGCUGCAUGGGGCUGGGACAGGUGAGAAAGUCACCACGGCUUUAUUGGACGCUCGCUGCUGAGCCAGGCUCGGUGAGGACACCGUGCAGGGAGCACCCGCCAGGGGUAAAGCUCCUGACUUUCAUUGCCUGCUUAAGGCUUCCUAACUCAUUUCCUGAGGUAGGCGCCAGUCCCACGUCACAGGUGUGGAAACUGAGGUGGGGAGGGCAUGUUAUUUGACUAAGGGUACACAGCCUAGUGUGGCAGAAUUCACCUUUCAACCUAGUCUGUUUCUGCCUUUCCAAAUUCUCUCUCCUCGUGGGACCUGCAAAUCCAUCGCACCUGUCAUACCCUCCGGUCCUGGUGGGGCAGGUGAACCUACCUGAGGGACCUGUUUCUGCCAUGAAGGGAAGGCUCCUACUAGUCUCGGUCUCUGGGGCACUCCCAGCCCAGCCCAGCCGGACGCUCGGGGUACCCUCCUGAGGCCACAUCCCACUUCCAGGGCCUGCUAGCUCUCAAGAAUCCAAGGUCCAAAUAACAGCCAGCCUGAAAAUCUCAGGGACUGGUUGAAAGCCACCAGCUGUUAGCAGCAAGCCUACCAGGCCAAAUCUGGGCUGUAGAUCUGGACCCAGCACUCUCCCACACACAGCAGGCAGCCCUGCAGCCCUGCCCAGACUCUACUAUAGGCAGCAAGUGAUCCAGGAGACCAGCCCAGACUCCAGCAGCUGUAACAGUGAUCCCUCCUCCAGGAGAGAAUCUGCUCCUUGUUAAUUAUCCUAAAUGGUCAGCAGAUUUUUCCUUCCACACCGCCUUUGGGAGCAGAGCCCAAGCUGGAAAGAGGUGCCAAGAGAGUCUUGUCUUUCUCAGGCUCUGUGGCCAGCUGAGGUGUGGUGUGGCCACCCUCGGCCUGGCCCGAGGCCCCCAUGUACCCCAUAGGGGACCUGGGUUCUGCUCCCGAGCUGGGCAGGGCUUUUAUUGUGAAAGGAGCCCCCCUUCCGCCCAGGGGUGGAGGUUGGGCUGGGAGAGGCUGGGCCGGGCGGGGCUGGGCUGCAGAUGGGGUCUGGCUGCACGGGAAGAGGGGACCAGCCGAUCCCACGGAGCAUGGAGACAUGGCAUCCUGGCUCUGGAGAAGGCUGCACGGCAAGAGGUGGACAGUGGUGGCUUUCUGCCUGUUGGUGACCCUGCUGGUGGUGACCAUCACUUACUUCCCCCCAGAGUGUCCAGGCACCCACCCAGACCCUGGCCCCGUGGAGCCCCAGGGUGACAUUGGUGCCCACAUACGCCAAGCCUGGCAGGUUCUGAGCUCUAGUCAGAGGCAGAAGACGAGGAUGCUGGAGCUCAGGCAAAGGCGGGCUUGGCCCAGGAGUCCCACUACUGUUGGUGCUGAGAAACAAGCCCACAGGAGGCGAGUGGCCAGAAGCAGGAAGCCACCAGGAAGGGACAGCAAGCAUCCCGGUAGAGUCAGGAGGGAUGUGACUAUGACAGGAGAGCGAGGACUCCACACCCAGCAUCUUGUGCUUUGGAAAGAAGAGGUCAGAGACUCAGGAGCCAAAGGCCCAGCCCAGCCAGGGCACAAGACUCCCAUGGAGGAGAUGCAGAAAGAGAUAGCCACUCUGCGCAGCCAGCAUGCACGGACCAAUGGGGCAGCUGAUGCCGGGCCGACCUCCUGGUCCCAUCUGGCAGAAGGCAGGGGUCUGUUGAGAGUGGGGGGCAGAGUCUUCAUGGGUGGGAAGCAAACAGGGGACCCCAUUCCCAUGUCAAGGGCCCGUCCAUGGCCUGGCUCUGUUGGGGAUCUGCAGGGGUCCGUGUGGUGUGACACUGAGCCACUGGCUGUCCCGGGGUCCAGUGGGCAGACCCCCCCUUGGCUCACCGAGCAUGAUGUGCAGACGCUGCAGCUGCUGGCCCAGGGAGAGGUGGUGGGCAAAGCCAGGGUCCCUGGUCAUGGGCAGGUACUGCAGGUGGAGCUGUCUGCUGAGGGCACCCGCCACGAUGCGGCCCCUCCCGGGCUCAGCCCACACUGCUCCCAGGGCCUCUGUGGCUUGGUCAAGCGGCCCGGGGACCUGCUAGAGGUGCUGUCCUUCCACCUGGACCGCGUGCUGGGGCUGUGCCGGAGUUUGCCUGCUGCAGCCCGCCGCUUCCGCAGCCCCCUCCUCCCGUACCGCUACACGGAUGGCGCUGCCAGGCCUGUCAUCUGGUGGGCACCUGACGUGCAGCACCUGGAGGACCCAGAGGAGGACCAGAACUCUGUGGCCUUGGGCUGGCAGCAGUACCAGGCCCUGCUGGCACACGGCUGCAGCGGUGGACCAGGCCAGGCCCCGUGCCCGGGCAUCCACCGCACUGAGUGGGCGCGCCUGGCGCUUUUCGACUUCCUGCUGCAGGUGCACGACCGGCUGGAUCGCUACUGCUGCGGCUUCCGGCCUGAGCCCUCAGACCCCUGUGUGCAAGAGAGGCUGCGAGAGAAAUGCCAGAACCCGGCAGAGCUUCGGCUGGUGCAUAUCCUGGUCCGGGGCAGCGCCCCAUCUCGCCUCGUCUACAUCGACAAUGCCGGCAUGCUCCAGCACCCCAAGGACAAGCUGAACUUCCGGCUGCUGGAGGGCAUAGACAGAUUCCCGGAGGCAGCUGUGCAGGUCCUGGCAUCGGGUUGUCUACAGAACCUGCUGCUCAAGUCCCUGCAGAUGGAUCCAGUGUUCUGGGAGAGCCAAGGCGGGGCCCCGGGGCUGACACGGGUCCUCCAGACGCUGGAGUGGCGGGGACGGGUCCUGCUGCAACACAUCCAGAAGCACAACCUCACGUUCUUCCGGGAUGAGGACCUGGAGCCACCACGGCCCAGGAGGCCCCGGCUGCUUGCAUGCUGCUGUGGUCUACACAUCCAGGGUCUCCGGCCCCCAGCCUGGAACUCACGGAAAGCAAAAGGGAAGGGCAGAGAACUGAUCUCGUUACUCCUCAAGGUCCUGUUUGUCCCUCUGCUGAUCACAUCCAGCGUCUUCCGAUCUGUGAGUGGGAGGGACGGAGAUGCACGGUUACCUGACACCUUGCCAGGUGAGGCAGGAGGGAGGGAUUGUUUCUUGAUGCUGAUGGCCUUGUGCUGGGCCCCACUGCAGUGGUGGCUCCCCAGAAACAGGCAGGGGCAUAAACUCCCCGCCGGUGCCCUCCCACACUGCAGGACUCUGAGGACAAACGGGAUCACUCAAAGAUCAUCUGCCAUGGUAACCAGCACUAUCUCUAGGUACCCCACCGCCGCCUCCGGAGAGAUGAUACAGGAUGUGGUGAACUAGGGCUACUGGGACUGGGACGCUAGGGUGCCUAGCAGUCUGCAGACUUUCACCACUGGGGCUGCUGAGGAUGGCAGAAGUUGAGAGGUCAAGGCAGAACCAGACCCCUUCCAUCUGCUUCCCGAUGGAGAUACCAGUGACUGGAUUCCUCCUGAAAUUCCUGUCUAUUCAGAACCUCAGAAGGUGGCUCAUUUUGGAAAGAGGGUCUUUGCACUAGUCGGC